AUGUCUGUCCAUGCUCCUGGUGAUGCCGGCUUGGAGCUAACCAGCUUGGGUGCUUCUGCACCAGCUACACAGUCAUUUCUCCAGCCGACGAGUUCGCGUGACUCUCGGCUCGCGCGAAGAAGAGCUGUCACGAAGGCAGACAUCAACAGGGAUCUGCAACGGCUGGAAGAAGAGCAUGUGUGGUAUCGCCAAGUCCAGAUGGCUUUGGCAGGUUACACCUUGGUGCGGAUUGUCGCCAACCUUGUCGCCAACCUCUAUGCAGACUCUGACGAGCAUCAGCCGUCCCACCCAGCAUUUCAUGCGAUAUUCAGGCCCAUUGUCACAGGCCUGGGCAUGUACGUCUUCCUCUGCAAGAAGGAUCUCUUCCGUCAGGGGAAGCCGCUCCACACCUGGAGCUUUCGUACCGCUUGUUGCCUUGCCUUGCCCCUCGACGGGAGACUGGUCAAAGUACUGGCGCCAAGGUUUGUUGCAAACGGGAUGAUUACACUGUGGCAGGUCCUGUGUAACGUCCUGUCGGUGUACAUGACCACUCUGAAAAUCCGAGCUGUAGGUUGGCGAGCUACGGCCAACCUCUGCAACUUGCUCACAGCAACAGGUAUCGGGGCCCUUGCCCUUUUCUCAGUUCGAUAUGCAUCAAAGCCGUGCCGUUUGCACCCAUUCGAUGAGAUUCCUUCCCGCGUGAUCAAACUGGCGAUGUUUAACUGUUUCUGCACCACCUUUGCCACUCUUGCCCUACAGGUGUGGUCCUUGUGCUGCGCAGCAAGCACUGCUGUCAUGCAAGCACAGGGUGAGACGACCAUCAUGUCGACGGCAUACAUCCUCUAUGCCAAUUCUGUCCUGGUAAUUCUUGGCCCAGCUCUUAGCUUCGCGGGUCUGUUCGCACGAACGAAUCUUACCCUGGUGACGCUCGAUGUGAUUUUCCAAGUCUGCAAUGUGCUCUUUCUCAGCGGCAUGAUUGGGCCAGUGCAGUGGGACCUGGAAACUCUUCGUAGUCUUGCGGAGUUGUCCGGCUACGGUCUGGCUUCCAAACGCAUAGCCUUUCCUGGACACAUCAGCGAGAACGCGCCAGACUGCAUCGUCUCCUUCCCGGGGAAGUACGGCGACAGGUGGGACCACGCAGUCAGGAACGUGACGGAGAGUGGUGCAUUCUCUUUGGCCUGCGUAUUCUUCACCGACACUGAAUCAGGCUUGGGUCAACACGCUACGAAUCCAGUGACCGGAGAGUGUUGGUGCCACGAGAUAUACGGACCAAUGUCAGCACCUGCAUAUGUGCGUCUUGUGGACAUGAUGGAUUGCAAUGCGACGACGCUAGCUUUUGAAAUGGAAGAUGCCAAAGCCAUGGGCAAGCUUUUGCGAGUCAGACACGGUGAGACUGACAUGGAGUGGAAAGCAAGUGGUUUGAUGUUUGGAAGAAGAACGUGGACAGAGCCGCAGCACUUCGGCAGACCCUGCACGUCUUCUACUUCGAGGGCGCCGUAG